CUCUUCCCCUUCCCCUCCCUCCUCUCUCUUCUCUCUCUCCACCAUUCACCCUUACUCUCUCUUCCCUUCCCUCUCCCUCUUUUUUUGUAAAAGAGGACUCCUUUGUCUUUGCCCCUCUCUCCCCGUCCAAGUGCAGCUCUUCUGCAGCUUUUAGUCUCUAGAUAGCCAAGCCAAUAGGGUAGAUAAAAUUCAGCUCAUCAUCCCUUUUGUCGACAACAAGACCAAUAUUCUCACAACAUCAUCAUUACCUUUCUCUCCCCUUUCUUCUUCUUCUUCCUUCCUUCCUACCUUCUUGUUCUUGGUGGUGAUGAGGAGCUUACCCAUACCAGAAAGGCAGCAAGAAAAAGGAUAAGACUUCUUUUUUCUUUCUCUUCUUUUUCUUUUUUUAAUUGUAAUAUUAAAACCCCUUUCUCUCUCCACUCUCUAGCUAUAGCAAGCUAAGCUCCCCAUCCAUUUUCCAUUUGAUUCUUCUCCCAAUCACAGCCGCAAAAAGCUUUGGUGUUUGGUUUUUGGGUUUUCUUUUUCUCUCCUUUUUUGCAUACAAAAAAGGGAAAAAAUUUAUUGGGAGCUUAGCUCAUUAGAACUCUUUAGGUGUGGGGGAAAGAGGAAAGAGGCCUAAAAAGAUGGAUCCAGUUUCAGCUCACGGUGGCCACUCCCUGCCGCCUCCUUUCCACACUAGGGACUUUCAGCUCCACCACCAGCACCAGUUCAGCCUCCACCCCCAGCACAACUCCGAGGAUGACCGCACCGGCGGUCAGAAGCGGGAGCGUGAUGAGACAAGCGACAGCAGUGGGAAGGGCGGAGGCGACGGUAGCAACGGCCACAACAACAAGGAUCUUGCGAUUAUCUCUGGCGGAAGCGGAGGAGGUGGAGGGGAGGGAGAGAUCACGAGGAGACCCAGGGGCCGGCCCGCAGGCUCGAAGAACAAGCCCAAGCCCCCCAUCAUAAUCACGAGGGAUAGUGCCAACGCCUUGCGGACCCAUGUCAUGGAGGUGGCCGACGGAUGUGACAUCGUGGAGAGCGUGGCGACCUUCGCACGGCGCCGCCAGCGGGGCAUCUGCAUCCUCAGUGGGACCGGAACCGUUACUAACGUGACCUUACGCCAGCCCGCCUCCCCUGGCGCGAUCGUGACGCUGCAUGGACGGUUCGAGAUCCUGUCCCUGGCAGGCUCUUUCCUGCCUCCACCGGCCCCGCCUGCGGCCUCGGGGUUGACUAUAUACUUGGCUGGCGGCCAGGGUCAGGUGGUCGGUGGCAGUGUGGUGGGGACUCUAAUGGCAUCCGGACCCGUAGUGAUCAUGGCAGCUUCAUUCAGCAACGCAGCAUACGAGAGGCUCCCGCUGGAGGAUGAGGAGCCAGGGAUGCCGAUCCAAGGAGGAAACCUAGGGUCUCCUGGUGGUGGAGGAGGAGGACAGCAGCUGGCAUCACAACAGCCUCCGCAGCCGGCACAUCAGCAGCUCUUGGGAGAUCAACAAAAUGCAGCUCUAUUUCAUGGGUUGCCACCAAACCUACUCAACUCCAUACAAUUGCCGUCCGACACUUACUGGCCAGGUGGACGACCGCCGUACUGAUUAACCAUCGGAAGUUCUUCAGAUACGCGACCAUUUCUCUCUCUCUCUGCGGAUUCGUUUCAUCUCACAUGAGAUAUGAUCACAUUAAUCUGACAUCCUUUUUAGCUAGCGAGCUAGAGGUCAGUGGAGUUGGGGUUAAAAUUAAGUAGAAUUUGCGAGGUUCUAAUGAUGAUUUUGUUUGUGCUUCUUGUUGUUUAGGUCUGUUUCCAAUUUAGAUUGAUGGAGGAGCUAUGCUUUUUCUAUGUUUUCAUUUGAACAACAUAAUUUUCUGUAAAUUCCUGGUGAGGCUCAUUUUUAUGCAAAAACAUAUCUGCCUGUUUUGGUCCAA